GAAUUUGAAAUAAUGCUGUGCUUGAACGUUUGUUAGCUGGCGUGUCUCAGACCCGAACACGUACUAACUGGAUUUGCGUUGCACAAAACGUUGAUUAGGAUUCCGUAAGAUGUAGUUUGUCUCGAAUCGCGUUUUUAUUGUUUUUAAAAAAUGGCUGAAGCGGUAACUUCAGCACAACGGGGACUUCUGGAUAUCAGUCCGGGGAAGAAAAUUGAUGCUAAUAAGGAGAACGACGUUCCAGUUUUGAGUCUCAUUCAGUUUUCAAAGCCACCUUUUGUGUCUUUCGGCACUGUAAAGUUGGGCACCUCGAAAUCCGCUGUUUUGCAAAUUGAGAACCCGAUUGAGGAUGUAGAAGCGGAUGUUACAAUUGAAAAGAUCCCGUCAAAUAAAGGUUUUUCUGUGGACCAGAACACGUUUACGAUCCAGCCUCUGAGCUCAUUCAGCUUGAGGAUAAACUGGACCCCAGCAGAAGAAGGUGGCAUCAGAGAGGUGAUCUCGUUCAAUGCGAAUGGAGUUCUUAAACAUCAAGCUGUUCUGCUGGGGAGAGCAGAAACGACAAAAAAGAAAAAGAAGAGCUUAUGGGAUUCGAUCAAACACAAGAGAGGGAUGGAAAAAACACAAACGCCAUCAGUGAAAAUGGCGUGUCCACGGAAGAUGGCAGGAAACAAAACCUUCCAGGUGUCGCGGCAGUCGCAGUAUAAGCGGGAAAAGGUGCGCAGCCCGCUUGCUUCGCUCAACAAGGACAACGGCGUCAUGAAGGAAAACCUGCUUCAAGAUCGCUGCUUGGAACCAGUGAACAAGAACACAUCCAAUCUGGGUCGACGGUCCGUUGUCUUGUCGGAUCAGGGAAACGUUUCUCCAGAAAGGAAGAACUCACCUGUCGUUCUACUUGUCCCGACUGCAAAGGUCGUCCACUCUGGCCCUGAUGGCGUCACAGAAAAUCCUAAAAACAAUGAACUGACUAAAUUGUUUGACAGGACUCUGUCUCCGAUCGGUACGCCAGAGAUGUUCAAGAAACUGAUGCCUCGUAUUGAGUCUGGCAGCCCUGGUCCUGCCCCUGAUGGCGACUCAACCGGAUCCUCUCUUCCAUCUUUGAAGGACGCUCUGGUUCUGAUAAACUCUGAUCUCGGACAUCUUGACACCAGUCCAAGAAAUACAAGUUCUAGCUGCGAGUUUUCAGAUUCUCUGGAGUCUAAGAGCGGAAACGUGCAGCCUCACGAGCAGAGACUCACGUUUUUCGUCAGCAAAAAGAUUGUUUCAAAGGUGGAGAAGGUUGUAGAAAAGGAAAAAGUGAAGUUUUCUUUCACAUCUGCCACUGUGACCAAAGGCAAAGCGUCUGUGGAGGCUGGCAGUCCUGAAGGGAGGAGAAUCAGGAAGUCACGCCGACGGCUACUGGAGAAAACGCUUGAACUCUCUGACGGUAGCAGCCAGAGCGACUUCGGUCUGGGAACUCCGACCCUUCCCGUCAUAGACGCUGAGAUGGGAGCUGAACAGUGUGAUGCUGGACAUGAAUUCCUGGAUUUCACCUCCUCCAGCCUCAAUCAAAGUUCUUCCCCUCCUCCAAACACGCCGCUGUCUCGGUUCUCUGCCACCUCUUCGCCACUUCACGCUCCUCCCGCUGCCAGCUCGUCGUCCACGUCCGACUUGUCCCCAGCUGGUUCUGCUCAGGAAGACUUGUUCCCUGUCCAGUUGGCAGCAAAAAGCAAGAAGAGGAAGAGUGAGGAGUUCUCGAGAGCCGAUUCCACCAAGAGCGAGGACUCGGAAAAGCUGGAGCAGGUGAAGAGGAGUCGGGUUGUGGUUGGGAAAAUUGAGCCGCCAGCGUUGGUCCAGAGGAGGAACACAAGUCAGCGGGAGAAAGUCACACAUCUGACCCAGUCUGUGAGGACGGCAAAGUCUGCCGCUGCUUCCAAGGCUAAACGUUCAAGCGCCAAAGUCCCCACCAAAAGUGCUUCGACUCUGAAGGUGUCCGCUUCUCAGGCUGUGAAGAUCUCAAAAGUGGUUGCUGUAGCUCAGUCGAAGCUAACGUUCAUCAAGCCGAAACAGACUGCUUUGCCGAGACACCCGAUGCCGUUCGCAGCCAAGAACAUGUUCUACGACGAGCGCUGGAUCGAGAAGCAGGAGAGAGGAUUCACCUGGUGGCUCAACCACGUCCUGACCCCCGACGACUUCAAGGUCAACACCGAAGUAGCUAAAGUGAGCGCCGUCUCGCUGGCGCUGGGCGGCGGGGAUGACCUCAGCGUUCCCAAAGCGCCCACCAAGGAGGAGAUGUCCUUCAGCACCUACACGGCCAAACGAAAGCUGAACCGCCUGCGCCGCGCCGCCUGCCAGCUGUUCACCUCGGAGGCCAUGGUCAAGGCCAUCCAGAGGCUGGAGCUGGAGGUGGAGGCCCGGCGGCUGCUGGUCCGCAGAGACCGCCACCUCUGGAAGGACGUGGGUGAACGUAAGAAAGUCCUGAACUGGCUGCUGUCAUACAAUCCGCUCUGGUUACGGAUCGGCCUGGAGACUAUUUUCGGGGAGCUGAUCUCCCUGGAGAGCAACAGUGACGUUCUGGGUCUGGCCAUGUUCGUCCUGCAGCGCCUCCUCUGGAACCCGGACAUCGCUGCAGCCUUCAGACACGCCCGGGUGCCUAACCUCUACAAAGACGGCCAUGAGGAGGCGCUGUCCCGCUUCACGCUGAAGAAGCUUCUGCUGCUCGUCUGCUUCCUGGACAGAGCCAAAGAAUCCCGCCUGAUCGAACACGACCCGUGUCUGUUCUGCAUCGACGCAGAGUUCAAGGCGAGUAAGGACCUGCUGCUGGCCUUUUCCAGAGACUUCCUGAGCGGAGAGGGCAUCCUGCCCCGCCACCUGGCCUACCUGGGCCUGCCCGUCUCCCACGUCCAGACGCCGCUCGAUGAGUUCAACUUCGCUGUGAAAAAUCUGGCCGUCGAUUUGAAAUGCGGCAUCCGCUUAGUUCGUGUGAUGGAGCUUCUCGUUCAGGACUGGAGUCUCUCGGCGACGCUGCGUCUGCCGGCCAUCAGUCGACUCCAGAAAGUUCACAACGUUGACGUGGCGCUGCAGCUACUGCGAGGCAGAGGCGUCGACCUCAAGGAUGACAGCGGCUCCGUCAUCGACUCCAGAGAUAUUGUUGACGGCCACAGAGAGAAAACGCUGAGCCUCCUGUGGAAAAUCAUCUUUGCCUUUCAGGUGGAGGUGAUCCUGGAUGAGGCUCAGCUCAGGGAGGAGGUCGACUUCUUGAAGCGAACUCUGAGGACCAAACGCAGACUGGCCCUGGUCCGGGCCGACCGGGCCGGUCAGCCGAGCCCAGCGAAGACCAGGCCGCCGUACAAACACCAGAGCGCCAAGAUUACCCUGCUGAUGGACUGGGUCUGCGCCGUGUGCGACUUCUACCACAUAAAGGUGGAGAACUUCACCGUGUCGUUCUCUGACGGCCGGGUCCUCUGCUUCCUGCUGCACCACUACCACCCCGCUCUCCUUCCGGAGGCCUCCGUCAGCCAGAGAACCACGCAGACCCUGGAGUGCGCCACCAGGGGGCGCCUGGAGCUAAACUGCUCUGCUAGCGACUCUGACGGCUCCUUCGACUCGCCACCGGCGGAAACGGAUGGAGACGGUUCUCAAUCUCCAGGUUUUAAAGAGUUGCUGGAAAACGAGAAGAACAACUUCAGACUGGUGAACGCUGCGGUGGCGUCGCUGGGCGGAGUGCCGGCCAUGAUCAACCCGGCCGACAUGUCCAACACCAUCCCCAACGAGAAGGUUGUGAUGUCGUACGUGUCGUUUCUUUGCGCCCGCCUCCUGGACCUGCGGAUCGAAACCAGAGCGGCUCGGUUCAUACAGAACGCAUGGAGGAAACACAAACUGAGGAAAAACCUUCUGCUCUUCCAGGAGCGAAACAAGGCGGCCAUUAAAAUCCAGGCAGCGGUGCGACGUUUCCUCCUGAGGAGUCGAGCUGAGAGGCAGAAUCGCGCCGCCGCUGUGAUCCAGUCGGUCUGGAGACGUUAUUUAGCUCGGAACCGGCGGAGGAUCCAGGAAGAAGCUCGGCUUCGGGCUUUACAGCAUAAAGCAGCGACUGUCAUCCAGGCUCACUGGAGGAUGUUUUCCGCCUUGAGGGCUUAUCAGCGCCUCCAGUAUUACACCAUUAUAGUUCAAGCUCAGUGGCGAAUGAAGAGGGCAGCCAACAGUUAUGCAAAAAUCUGCUGGGCGGCCACAGUCCUUCAGAGACGCGUCCGAGCUCGGGCCGCCUCCAAAAGAGACCGAGAGCGAUAUUUCCUGGUUCGGAAAGCAGCGCUGAGCCUCCAGAGAGCGUUCAGGAAAUGGAAACAUCGGAAAACACUGAAAGAAAAUCGUGCAGCCAGAGUUAUCCAAGCUGCUUUUAGGAAAAAUACGAUGUUAAAGCUGCAGAACCGCUCCGCCACCGUCAUCCAGGCGGCCUUCAGAGGAUACGUUGUCAGAAAGAAGUUUGUGGAGAGGAGAUUUGCCGUGGUGACGAUCCAGCAAAGAUUUCAGGCCUCUUUAAAAAGAGACUUUCACAGAGCGAGGUUCGUAAGGAUGAGACGUGCAGCUGUUUUGAUUCAGGCAGCGUACCGCGGAAAGGUGGCGAGAGAGUCGCUGAAGAAGCGGCACAGGGCAGCAGCGGUGAUCCAAGCUGCAUUUAGGAAACACGCUGCCCAAAAAAAAUAUCGUCUGUUGAGAAAAGCUGCAGUUGUCAUUCAACAGAAAUACAGAGCGACUGUUUUAGCUCAAAAGGUGAAGAAGGAACAUGAAGCUCUUCGGAGCGCUGCGCUCAUUAUCCAAGCUACAUGGAGAGGCAGAGCAGAGAGGAGCCGGAUAAAAACGCUGCACCACUGUGCAACUCUGAUACAAGCUCACUAUCGUCGGCGUAAAGCCCAAACGGACUACAGAUCCCUGAGAUCAGCAACUGUAGUUAUACAACUUCGCUGUAAGGCGUUUCUUCUGGGGAACAAGAUGAGGAAAGAAUAUCUUGAGAAGAAAAUGGCGUGCAUCACGCUCCAAGCUGCAUUCAGAGGUUUGAGAGUCAGGACAGAGCUGACGGAGAAGCACCAGGCUGCAACAGUCAUUCAGUCUGCAGUUAGGAUGUUCUUAUGCAAGAAACAAUAUAUUCUCCUUCAAAGUGCAGCGAUCCUCAUCCAGAGCAGAUACCGAGCCGUUCUCCUCUCCAGAGCGCAGCAAAGCGAGUUCAGAAACAUGAAGCAGGCCAGCGUGAAGAUACAAGCCGCCUUCAGGGGGUUCGCAGCGAGGAAAGACAUGAAGAAGAGACACAAAGCUGCAGCAGCAGUCCAAGCUCAGUUCAGGAUGCACAGAGUUCGAAUGGCUUACCUGGCAACAAAGUGUGCAGCCAUUAUCAUUCAGGAUCGCUACAGAGCCAAAAUACUCCGGGAUGAGCAGAUGAGGAGGUACCGAGCGACGAUACGAGCAGCUGUGGUCAUCCAAGCGGCGUUCCGCGGAUACAGAGCCAGGAAGACGAUAGCGGAGUUGCAUCAAGCAGCAGAAAUUAUCCAGAGGAGAUUUCUGACGAGCAGAGCCAGGAAGCGGUUCUUGGCAAUCAAGGCAGCCGUUUUGGCGUGUCAGCAGAGAUACAGAGCUGCCACUCUGGCGAGAAGACUCCACCUGGAGUACCAAUCGAAGCGCAAGGCAACGGUUUGCAUACAGGCCGCCUACAGAGGGUACGCUGUCAGGAAGCAGCUGCAGGUGGAGCAUAAAGCAGCUGUAAUCAUUCAGUCUCAGAUCAGGAAGUACCAGCAGAGAAGCUGCUACAAAAAGCUCAUCUGGGCUUGUAGAGUGUUGCAGGAACGCUACAGAGCUGUUAAACUAAUGAGGGCUAAGAAACGCGCCGCCGUUGUUUUGCAAGCCGCUCUCCGUGGGAUGAAAACGCGGCAAAUCCUAAAACAAAGACAUAAAUCUGCCGGAGUCAUCCAGAGAGCUUUCAGGACCUACCGGGAACGUCGUCACUACCUUUCCUUAAAAGUUCACGUCGUUAAAGUCCAGCGCAGAUAUCGGGCUAACGUUGCAGCUAAGGAGCAAAGAAGGCAAUACGAGCGCAUCCAGAGGGCGGCAAUCCUCCUUCAAGCGGCUUCAAAAGGGAAAAGAGUCAGAGAAGAGGUUGCUCGCCGGCACCAGGCUGCGGUGAUGAUCCAGGCUACAUUUAGGAAGCACAGAGCAAGAGUCAGGUUUGAGGCAAUGCGGCUGUCUGCCAUUGUCAUCCAGAGGCACUACCGAGCUCUUCUUGUCCAGAAGAACUUCCUACGAAUGAAACGGUCUGCCAUGGUCCUCCAGGCGGCGUUCAGAGGAGCUCAUGUGAGAAGAACGAUUGUAGAGAUGCACAGAGCUGCAACUGUCAUUCAGGCUAACUUCAGAGGCCAUAAACAGAUGAUCACCUUCAGGCGACAACGUUGGGCAGCGUGCAUCCUGCAGCAGAGGUUUAGGGCCUACAGGGAGACUGUGCUUCAGAUGAAAUGUUACCAGGAGCUUAUAAGAGCAACAGUUGCUCUGCAGGCGGCGUUCCGCGGCAGGAAAUGUAGACGACUCAUCAGUCAGUGGCAUCAGUCCGCCGUGGUUAUUCAACGGGCUUACAAGGCGUACCAGGAACGGAGCGCCUACUUUACACUAAAAUCAUCAGUCCUGAUUGUCCAGAGAAGAUACCGAGCCACAGUAGCAGCUAAGACGCAAAUGCAGGUAUACCAACGCAUGCGUGCUGCUGCAGUUCGUCUCCAGGCAGCGUACAGAGGAAGCAGGGCAAGGAAGAAAGUUGUUCAUUUGAAUCAGGCUGCAACUGUGAUCCAGUCUGCAUUCAGGAAGCACAGAGAACAAGUCAAGUUUCAGGCGAUGCGGCUGUCGGCCAUCAUCAUCCAGAGGCGAUACCGAGCUCUUCUUGUCCAAAGGAAAUUCAGAGAAAGUUACCUGACAAUGAGGCGUUCUGCAGUUUGUGUCCAGGCUGCAUUCAGAGGACAUAAAGUGAGGAAGGAAUUUGCUCGUUUGAAUCGGGCUGCGACUCUGAUCCAGUCUGCAUUCAGGAAGCACAGAGAACAAGUCAAGUUUCAGGCGAUGCGGCUGUCCGCCAUCAUCAUCCAGAGGAGAUACCGAGCUCUUCUUCUCCAAAGGAAAUUCAGAGAGAGCUUCCUUAAAACAAAACGAGCCGUUAUCACUCUUCAAACUGCUUUCAGGGGACUCCUUGUCCGGACUCGGAUGGCAAAGAUGCACAAGGCAGCUACUAUCAUCCAAUCAAACUACAGACGGCACCAACAGCAGCUGGCCUUGGAGAGGCGACGCAGGGCAGUCUGCGCUCUGCAGCGGAGAUUUAGGGCCUAUAGGCAGAAACAACUGGAUGCAAAACGUUUCCAACAGGUCAGAAGAGCCGCCAUCUUUCUACAGGCUGCGUAUCGAGGAAUGAAAUCUAGACAAAUAUUGAGGCAAAGGCAGGAGGCUGCAAGGGUGAUUCAGAGAGUUUACCGAGGCCACUGUGAACGCAAGCAGUUUGUGACCCUGAAGAAGUCGGUUGUGAAUGUUCAGCGCAGAUAUCGAGCUGCUGUUGCAGCCAACAGAGAAAAACAACAAUAUGAACAAAUCAGAAGGGCGACGAUUGGUCUACAAGCAGCAUUCAGAGGAUUUCAAGUCAGAUACAAAGUUGCUCAUUGGCAAAAGUCUGCAACUGUGAUCCAGUCUGCAUUCAGAAAGCACAGAGAGAGAGUCAAGUUCCAGGCUCUGCGUCUGGCAGCCAUCAUCAUCCAGAGACGCUAUAGAGCUCUACUUCUCCAACGGCGAGACAGAGAACGUUUCCUGAAUGUUAGACGUUCUGCUGUCGUCCUGCAGGCGGCCUUCAGAGGCCAUCUUGCACGGACUCAGAUUGCAAAAAUGCACAAAGCCGCUGCCGUCAUUCAAGCUAAUUUCAGGAGACUCAAACAGCAAACGGCCUUUAAGAGACGACGCUGGGCAGUGACUGUCAUACAGCAGAGGUUUAGAUCCCAGAAACUUAAGGGGAUUCAAGCAAAGCAUUACCAAAAGGUUAGAAGAGCCGUCAUCGUUCUUCAGGCUGCAUAUCGAGGGAUGAAGUCCAGACAGGAUUUAAGGCAGAUGCAUCAGGCUGCGAGUGUAAUCCAGAGAUCUUACCGUACCAAGAGUGAACGCAAGGAGUACCUGGCCUUCAAGACCUCUGUCGUCUUGGUUCAGCGCCGAUAUCGAGCCAUAGUGGCAGCAAGGCAACAAAGACGACAAUAUGAACAACUGAGAAGAGCGGCCAUUGGUCUGCAGGCAGCAUUUAGAGGACUUAAGGUCAGAUACAAAGUUGCUCAUUGGCAAAAGUCUGCAACUGUGAUCCAGUCUGCAUUCAGAAAGCACAGAGAGAGAGUCAAGUUCCAGGCUCUGCGUCUGGCAGCCAUCAUCAUCCAGAGACACUAUAGAGCUCUACUUCUCCAACGGCGAGACAGAGAACGUUUCCUGAAUGUUAGACGUUCUGCUGUCGUCCUGCAGGCGGCCUUCAGAGGCCAUCAUGUCAGGAGCGAAGUGGCAAAGAUGCACAAAGCCGCUAUCAUCAUUCAAGCUAACUUCAGGAGACACAAACAGCAAACAGACUAUAAGAGACAAUGCUGGGCAGUGACUGUCAUACAGCAGAGGUUUAGAGCGCAGAAAUGUAAAGAACUUCAGGAAAAGCAUUACCAAGACGGUAGAAGAGCUGUCAUUGUUCUUCAGGCUGCAUACCGAGGAAUGAAGUCCAGACGAAUGAUCGGAAAAAGGCGAGAGGCUGCCAGCGUCAUCCAGAGCGCCUUCAGAGUCCACCGUGAACGGCAACGGUACCUGAAACUGAAAUCAUCCGCGCUCAUAAUUCAGAGAAAAUAUCGAGCCACUAAAGAAGCCGAAGUGAUGAAGAACAAAUUCUCCCUGAUGAGGAAGGCUGUCGUCACUCUUCAGAGAUGCUACCGAGCCUGGAAGCAAAAACGACAGGUCCUGGAGGCAGCCCAGGCAGAGCACAGACUCCAUUUUACGGCUGCGGUUUUCCAUCACCUCAGCGCCAUAAAGAUCCAACGGGCCCUGAGAGCACACUGGGCUUUGGAAUCAGCAAAAACACAGAUCCAGUCAGUCGUUACCAUACAGCGUUGGGUUAGAGCGAGGCUGCAGAGGAGACGAUAUCUGGAGGACAGGAGGAAGGUGGUGACGGUCCAGAGAGCGGUCAGGCGUUGGUUAGCGCGCCGCCACAGAGCCGCCGCCAUCAUCCAGGAGGAAACCCGAAAAUUCCUCCUCGACAGGCGACAGAAGAGGGCUCAACGAGGAAUCGUCAAAGCUCAGGCUCUGUGGAGAGGUCACCGCUCCCGCAUGCUGAGCGACAACCCCAAACUCGUGAAGCUGAGGCAUCGCUUGCGCGAAAUCUCUACUGAAGUACGAGAGGAAGACAAACUCUGCAACAAAACCUCUUCUGCGCUGGAGUAUCUCCUCCGAUACAAACACUUCUCCUUCAUCCUGGAGGCCCUGAAGAACCUCGAGGCCGCCACCCGGCUGUCGCCAGAAUGCUGCGAGCGGCUGGUGGAAAGCGGCGCCACCAGUGUCAUAUUCACGCUGAUACGCAGCUGCAACCGGAGCGGACCCUGCAUGGAGGUCAUCAGCUUGUCCGUCCAGAUCCUCCUCAACCUCUCCAAGUACCACCUGACCAUAGAGGCGGUGUAUUCGGUGGAAAACUCCCUGGAAACGCUGCUGGAUUUACUGCAGAAAUACCGGGAGAAAGCCGGGGACAAAGUGGCCGAAAAGGGCGGCAGCAUCUUCACUAAAGCCUGCUUCCUUCUCGCUCUGCUGCUGCAGGACGAGCGCCGCGCUCAGGAGGUGGUGAAGCUGCCUAAAGUUUUGGACCGGAUACGCAGCAUCUACCGGCUCACCGCACGGAAACACAAAAUGGACGAAGAGCGCAGCAUCACCAGGCAGAGAAUCAACGCCUCGAUCAACGGGAGCUUCUUUGUUCCGCCAACGCCGCGCAAAUCCAAACCGCCACCAAAGUUUGCACCGGAUUGGGUUCUGAGGAAGGACAAACUGAAAGACGUCGUCGAUCCCCUCAGGGCGAUCCAGAUGGUGGCGGAAACGCUCGCCAUCGUUUUAUAAACAGAAAACCUUCAAGAGUCUUUUUGUUUUCACAGAAAACCUCAGAUUUAUUAUGUUUUUUUAAUCAAAUUAUUUGUUUGUAAAUACUGAAUUUGAUCUUUUUUGAUAAUAAAAUUGAUCUUGUUUAAUGUUUUUCUUUUUUCCUUUCUGUUUCAGGAAACUAAAAAAAUGCCUAAAAACUCAUCUUUUCAAAUCUUCUUACUCUUUACUGUGUAACUUUCUGAUGGUUUAUCUUGUUUGUACAGGUUCUUUGUUUAUAAAAGUGCGUUUAAAUAAAAUGUAUUAAUACUGAG